AUGUCGGAUAGUCAUAUGCAACGAACGUUUCACGAAGCAAUGAGACAGAGGAGGACCAGUUUACCAGCUAAUAGUUUAUCAUUGAAUGGUGGGAAGGGUUUGGUAACUGGUUCAUCACUGAGUGAAGCGAAAGGACUGAUAGCAGAUAUGUUAAUGAAUAAAGAAUUACCUGGAAAUGUGGCCACGUGUCUACGAGCAGUUGCAACCCUUUUAGAGCAGAGACCUAUACCGAUAAAUGGAUUGUUAAGCGAUUUUGGAUUACCAUCAGUGAUAGAGAACCCGUAUGGAGGAGAGUCGAUGAUUGUUGGGAAUCCCUUGAAGGAACCAGGGAAACCUCCGAAAGAAGUGUUCAUUUCGAAGGAUCUCAUUAUCUAUGUCUAG